AUGGCAGAAUCAGAAGAAAUUCAGCGUCAUUUGAGAGAUUUGUGUGAUUUAAAUUUGCUAAAAAAAACAGGGAGGUUUAUAUUAAAAGCACCCACAAAUUUAAAAUCAGAAAUCUGGCAGAAAUUUCACAUGGUUUUUCAAAAAAAGGAAAAUGAUGAUAGCGAAAUUCCUGUGAAUUACUAUUGUGCUUGUAUUAAGUGCAAUAAGAUUUCAGCUGAAGAGAAAAAAUUUAAACGCAACUUGAUGGCUGAUCUGGAUGUUUGGAUGAUGACAGAGUUGGAUCUUGUUGCUAACAAGAUGCGUCAGCGCAGACAUGCUGCUGGAAUGGAGUCGAGAGUUGCUGGUACAUCAGCACAGCAGGAUGUUGAAGAUGAUUACACUCAGCCAACCAAGAAAGCACGCUUUGAUCCUUUUGCUGACCUACGGGAUGGCUGUAGCUCAUCAACCAGUAAAAUUUCAACUGCUGAACUUUCAGGUCAUGAAGAAUUGGCUAGAUACAAAGCUCUGAAUGUUCCUGCCAACCACAAAUCACUACUAGCUUACUGGCAAGACAAUAGCAAAGACUUUAUACUUCUUUCAAAUGUUGCCAGACGAGUGUUAUGCAUCUCUGCCAGUUCAGCACAAUCUGAAAGAGAUUUCAGUUCAGUUGGUCGCACAGUCACAGAUGCUCGAUCCAGUCUGUCGGCACGAAAAGUUGAAGAACUGGAAUUAAUUAGAUGGGGUUGUCGAGCUUCCGUAAUAGAUAUUGAUAAACUCUAGUGAUCACUCAGUGUGGAACAGUGACUAUAAAUCGAUGAAGAAAAAAUAAGUAAAAUAUUAGUAACAUUUGAUUUUUAAUUAAUUUUCAUGUUAUUUUAUUACACUUGCAGUGUGAUUACUUCACCAGUGUGUUUUAUUACACAUAUGAUCUUGUA